AUGGCUCUAUGCUGGCUUGAAAGCCGACAUGAAUGCAAUGACCGCAGAGAAGGCCGUUCGGGCUUGUGCGUGAUCUUGCUUCAUUUCACAUUUAAGCUCUUGCCAGGAGAUCGGCGUCCUGCAAUUUUGGUUGGAGGAGGUCAUCGAUAUGAGCAAAAAGCAGUCGCGGACUUCACGCACAACAAGCGCGAACCGCUUCACGAGGAGUUCCACGCAUCUCCAAUGACCCAAGCGGGGCAGCGUAACUGCCAUCGCCUGGUCUGUCUUUUGGUGCCAAACUUUUUGGCCAGAGCCUCCAACGGGCUGUGCUACAGCAGGGGCUAUCGUUUCGAUCCCCUGAACAUGGAUGGACAAGGGCGAACGGUGGAGACGAGUGCCACCAAGUGUCAGCAACGCCUCUCGAAUCUGGAAAGCUGCGCCAGCGUGCAGGGCUGCGCCCAUUACGCUUGGUGGAGCAAUGGUGGUUGCCAUUUGCAGGACAGUUCCGCCAGCUACCUCUACGACCGCUGGGCCUACUCCGGCGGCCCCAGCUGUGAGGAGGCCUUCUCAGAUCAAGUCUUUGGCUUUGUGGAGGCGGAUGCCAAGCAGAUGCCCACGAAGGGCUUGCUCCGUUCCUUCGCCGACAAGACCUGCGUGGAUCCCGUGGGCUCAGCGCUUGGACCAGGAGCUGAGGCUGUCUCGACAGUGUCGAUGAGCACUUGCGAUCCACACAAUCCAGACUCGGACCAGUUCUGGGAGCUCACUGCAGAUGGACAGCUCUGGAACCCGGCGUACAAGAAAUGCUUGGAAGUGGUGGCGCCAAGCGACUGGGAAGCACAGGAGACCUUGAGCUUCUUGAGCGGUGCCAGUACCAAAGUCACUAGCUGCGAUGGCAGCGCCUUUCAAAGCUUUGAGAGCCAAGCCUGGGAAUUCGUGGAUACCGCCCUGGUGGGCCAGCGCUGCCGGGAGCUCUGCGACGAGCCGGGCGAGAUCUAUGACUUCUGGUGUCUCUGGGGCAGUGGCUUUAGAUGUCAUUGUGGCCUGAUGUUCAAGAACCCAGGCUGGUAUUACAACGACCUUCUGGAAGGCAUGGACGUGACGGAUGGUCGCUUUGGCUUGGUGGAGACGCCUGAAGUCCUGAAGUUGGACAUUACCAGCACCUUGGCGUCCUCCUUGGCAGAUGCCUUCAUGGUGCCGGAGGAUGCGGUCAAUCUCAGCAUUUACGAACCCGGCCUGGAUAUCUUGGACGAAAUUUCGGAGACUGGCUUCGAGCCCCAAACGGCCUUCGGCUUCAGUUACCUCGCGCCAGAGCAGCAGCCCAGUGUCGAGCAGGUUUUGGUGGAUGGUGUGGCGUCCUCGAACUUCACGGAGGGGGCCGUGGUCACUUUGUGGGUACGGAACUUCGAUGAGAUCGACAACGUUCAGGUCUUCAUCGGACCCGUGGAAGUGUCCAUGGUGAAUUUCACUGAGACAUCAGUGCCUUGUGACAUCGGUGCCGGAGAAUGUGGGUAA